ACAAUGCGAAGACGGCAUUGUAAGCCAGUUUAGUAUUGGUGAACACGUCAGUGAGGAAAAAACUAUAUACGAGAGCUUCUUCUCACUUCGAACUUCGACAAGCUCAAGACUGUAUUUUUCUUUUCGAGGACGUUUGUUUGUUGUUUCGAGAUAAGAGGGACCACCAGUGCGAGAUAUUAUAAUGGAGACUACAGCCGUUAUUUUUGUGCUGAUGCUGUCGACGCUGAGCUCGAUAGAGGCGCAGUUCCAGCAGUUCAAUCCGCAGCAGCAGCCCUCCUACAAUGCGCAGCCCAAUAGGUACAAUCCGGAUUACUACGGGCGGAGGUAUGCCAUCCUAAGGCAGAAUCACGAGCAGAACAUCGACGGCUCUUAUGCCUUCAGUUACGACACGGAGAACGGCAUCUCGGUGGCGGAACAGGGCCGACCGGUGAACAAGGGCCAGCAGGUCGAGGUCGUGCAGGGCCAGUACAGCUACACGGCGCCGGACGGCACGCCGAUCCUCGUGAGCUACGUCGCCGACGAGAACGGCUUCCAAGCUCGCGGAGCCCAUCUGCCCACGCCGCCGCCAAUACCCCUCGCCAUUCAGCGAGCCCUCGCCUACAACGCCGCCCAUCCCGAGGAGGACAACGACUACAGGGGCCCGGCCUACAGGCCGCGAUACAACAAAAAAUAACGAUGUAAUCCCACGAUCGUUUGUACUUAUUAUAUGAGUUUCAUUUUUUAUAACGUUGCUGCGCUACCGCUCUCGCUCUAUGACGACGAUACUUUAUAACCAAAGCUCGGCGAAUUCACUCUAUGUAUAUCUCUCUCCGCUCUUGUUAUCUGUCCUACUGUGUAAGAGGAUUAAUGGUGGCGACGAAUAAUAACGAUAAUAAUAACAACAUUAAUAUACAUCUGC